AUGUUGUCAUUUAUCCUCAUUCAGAACCGGCAAGGCAAGACCCGCCUGGCCAAGUGGUACGUCCCCUACAGCGACGAGGAAAAGAUCAAGCUCAAGGGCGAGGUCCACCGGCUCGUAGCCCCGCGCGACCAAAAGUACCAGUCCAACUUUGUCGAGUUCCGUAACCACAAGCUCGUCUACCGCCGCUACGCGGGCCUCUUCUUUUGCGCGUGCGUCGACACGAAUGACAACGAGCUCGCCUACCUCGAGGCCAUCCACUUCUUCGUCGAGGUGCUCGACGCCUUUUUCGGAAACGUUUGUGAGCUGGACCUGGUGUUUAACUUCUACAAGGUCUACGCCAUCCUCGACGAGGUGUUCUUGGCCGGCGAGAUCGAAGAGACGAGCAAGCAGGUUGUCUUGACCAGGUUGGAGCAUCUGGAUAAACUGGAGUGA